AGUUUUCCCCUUUUGCUUGUUACAUUAGAGCUGAUUUAAGUGUGUUUGUUCCUUAUUUUUCUGGCAAGAAAGGGAGUCUUUUUUUCAUGCCAACUGAAAAUUCUUUUUUUAUUUGUGAUGAUUUCUUGUUGAUUGGGUUAUUCCAAUCUCGGGUGCAAUAUUUUCUUGGAAAUUAUAAGAAGCCCUAUCUUUUUGUUCCAAGAGCGAUAAUGUUGAGACUUUGUGAUUUGAUUAUCAGUUUCUGAAUUCCAAGGAACCACCUUGUGAGAUUUCUUUGUGCUUUCUAUAUGCAAAACCCAUUUGAUGAUUUCAUCAAAGCUUCAGAAUGUUGGAUUAAGGAGGCCAUUUUCGGCAAGAAUCACAUUCCUUUGUGGGGUUUGUUCUUCUUUUUAAGCAUAAUUUGUUUCAGAACUUCUCUCAAACAAUUGGUGCGCAAGCUCGAGUGUUUUCCACCUAAGCUCUUGAAUUGCUGUUGGAGAAUGGGGGCUAUGCAUGGGAAAUGUUGCUGCAAAUGUUCAACAUCAUCAGAUGGCGAUGAUAAGGAAGAACAACGCGGUGUUUAUACGGGUCAGAAUACUCAUAUUCUUGCAAAUUUGUCUUUAGAUUUUGUUGAUGUUCCUUCUCACAGAUUCAGAUUAGGGUACUCGGUCCUCACUCAACGUGGUUAUUACCCUGAAAGCCCUGAUAAAGAAAACCAAGAUAGUUACUGUAUUAGGACAAACAUUCAGGGAAAUCCGAAUGUGCAUUUCUUUGGUGUGUUUGAUGGGCACGGGCUGUUUGGCACUCAAUGUUCGAAUUUCGUCAAGGACAGACUUAUUGAGAUUUUGUCGAACGAUGCUGCAUUGGUGGAUGAUCCUGUUAAUGCUUAUAGUGCUGCUUUUUUGGCAACAAAUGAUGAACUUCACAAUAGUGAAAUAGAUGAUUCCAUGAGUGGUACUACAGCUAUUACAGCUCUUGUCGUUGGGGAUAAGCUCUAUGUGGCAAAUGUGGGGGAUUCUAGGGCGGUCUUAGCUGUUAAGGAAGGUGGUAGAGUUCUUGCUCAGGACUUGUCAUGCGAUCAGACUCCAUUCAGAAAAGACGAAUGCGAGAGGGUGAAGCUUUGUGGAGCAAGAGUUUUGAGUGUUGAUCAAGUUGAAGGGCUUAAGGAUCCUGGAAUUCAAUCUUGGGGGGAUGAGGAAACUGACGGCAAUGAUCCACCGAGAUUGUGGGUUCAAGAUGGGAUGUAUCCCGGGACUGCAUUUACACGGAGUGUUGGGGAUAGCAUGGCAGAGAGGAUAGGUGUGAUUGCUGAUCCAGAGGUGUCAAUGGUGCAGCUUACAUCUAGCCAUCCUUUCUUUGUUGUUGCGAGUGAUGGGGUUUUUGAGUUCUUGUCCAGCCAAACCGUGGUGGAUAUGGUUAACAAAUAUGCUGACCCCAGAGAUGCUUGUUCCGCCAUCGCCGCACAGUCAUACAAGUUAUGGUUGGAGCAUGAAAAUCGGACAGAUGAUAUAACAAUCAUCAUUGUACAAAUUAAAGACUUGACUAAUGUGUAAAUCACUGAAGUCAUACUUCAGCAGAUAUUGUAACUUCCAUUCUAAUACCAGACUUGUGCUUUGGUUAAUCAUUAUGAAGCGUCGUUUAUAUUUGUGAUGAUUUUAUAAUCCUGAGAUGUGUACUCCAACUGCUAAGAUGCAUGGUGACCCGUUAUUUGUCCACUGCUACUGGAUUUGUUUGGAGGGCGUUUCUUUAUGUUCUGUUUGAUCUUUUUUUCCCACAGAGUUGAAAGCUUCAUCUCUUGCUGUGAUGCCUGAAAACAAACAGGCACCUCCUCUGCUAUCCAAGUGUUGCUACAUUGAGAAACUAAUGCAAUAGCCAUAUCUUGAAGCCAGUAACGGACGUACUGACGAAGUAUUCAGUUGGAAGCACUAAAGGCGGGAGGAUGAACUCCAUAUACAUAGUCGGAUUCCGGUUGGAAGAUUUCUUGUGUUUUCAUCCCAUUCUCCUGUUAUCGUCUCUUAUGCACCAUCACUCUCAUCGUUUCAACGAUAGUUUUUCUUGCUUGUGAAUCUCAGCACCCCCACCACCACCCCCUAGCUUUUUCCUUUUUUCUUUACAUAUAAUGUGUCUUAUUUCUUAUUUUUCUUGCUGCAGCUACAUAGAAGAAUAAGAGUAAGUUCCCAUAUCUUUUCUUUUAUCUCCAUUUGGUGCUUCCCGAGAUCAUCCUUAACUUUGUGUCUCUGUCUUUGUCUUUGUCUUCAUCUUAUGGGGAUCUCUUUCAGACAAAGAAAGUGUUUGUGCAGAUGGUAUGGAAA